AUGGAAUGCAGCAUACAUCAGCCCCGUCAGGUCGGCCUGCGAACAUCAGAAACAUCAACGGACAUGCCGGCUCAACUGGUAAAUCAGCGAGGACGCCGAUCCCACCUGUCACGAGUGCGGAACGCGUUGCUGGACUACGGAAUGCGAGACAACGACUGGGUUCUCUGGAUCGAUAGUGACAUUAAAAAAAUCCCAAAAGAUCUCAUACAGCAGUUUCUGCAUGUCAGCACCGACGUGAUGGCCGUCGCCUGCCUGAUGGAGAGGCAUGGUCGCCCGACGAAUUACGAUUUCAACACUCGUCGGUUUGGUGACGAAAAAUGUCGCGACCUCCCACUGCCAUUCUUGCGCGACGAGGGCCGGGUGGUUAAGGUUGAUAUUGUAGGGACAAGCGUCCUCAUGGUGCGCAGCGAGGUUCACCGGAAGAUCCGCUUUCCCGAGGUCACUGAACCAGGCGGCCGCCUUGAAAGUGAAGGGUUUGCGCUCAAUGCUAAGAAAGUUGGGUACGAAGUUGUGGGACUUCCGUUUGUAGAGGUCUACCACCAUUGA